CACACACACACAUAUUAUAUAUAUAUAUAUGAUAUGUGUGUGUGCAUCCUCUACACACAUCUCUCUCUCUACAUACAUGUAUACACACAUAUAUAUGUAUGUGUGUAUAUGUAUAGAGUAUAUAUAGAGAGAGAUGUGUAUAUGUGUGUAUCUGUAUCUGCUCCUCGCAGCGCCAUGUCACUCUCACUCUCACUCUCACGCACGCGCACCGGUUACCCUCCGGUGUUCUCACGGGUUAGCAUGCUAACGUUAGCUUAGCACACUUCAUAUAUAUAUCCGGUCUGUUCCGGGGACGUUAGCAUGAAGCUAACAGCUAGCAUGAUGCUAACUGUUAGCAUCAUGCUAGCUGUUAGCAUCAAGCUAGCUGUUAGCUUCAUGCUAGCUGUUAGCGUGUCUGUGUCUGGACUCCGUUCACUGAUGGUGUCCACAGAAAGUACAUGAACUAGUGCAGAACAACUUCUGUCAGAUGGCGGAGACGGUGAAGUAUGUGGAUGAUGAACAUAAGAGCAUCUUCCUGAAGCUGCUGAACGAGCAGCGUCUGGAGGGAGAACACUGUGACAUCGCUGUGGUGGUCGAGGACGUCAAGUUCAGAGCUCACCGCUGUGUGCUCGCCGCCUGCUCCAACUACUUCAAGAAGCUCUUCAAAAAACACGAGGUGGACAACUCCUCUGUGAUAGAAAUCGACUUCAUUCGCUCCGACAUCUUUGAGGAGGUGCUGAACUACAUGUACACCGCAAAGAUCUCCGUGAAGAAGAGAGACGUCAACCUCAUGAUGUCAUCAGGACAGAUCCUCGGCAUCCGCUUCCUCGACAAACUCUGCUCUCAGAAACGAGACGUGUCAUCAGAGGACAAAGACAAGUUCCCCUAUGACAUCGUGAAGAUGGCGCUGCCGCCUGAGGCCCAGCUAGCUGCUGAUGCCGAGGUGCUCGGGGAACAUGAUGACACGCCCACCACAGAUGACCUCGUCGAGGCGUCGGCCAAUCAGGAGCUCGAUAAGUCUCCCAGUGCGGCGCUGCGGGUCCAGGAAGCCAUCCUGAAGGAACUGACCAAUGAGGACGUUCACAAGGUCACCUGCUACGACCAGGAUGUUGUGCCGGACAUGGAGGCGGAGCCUAAAGAGCUGGGGCGGAGCACCACGCCACAGACACUGACGUUUGUAGAGAGUAUGGGGGAGGUGAAGGACGAGCAGCCGCCCGGCUGGUCGUCGGCCACGACGGACAUGAAGUUUGAAUACCUGCUGUACGGACACCGAGACCAGCUCGCAUGCCAGGUGUGCGGGAAGACCUUCCUGGACGAGAGCCGGCUCAGGAAACAUGAGAAGCUUCACUCAGCUGAGCGACCGUUCGCCUGUGAGAUCUGCACCAAAGCUUUCACCACUCAUGCUCACCUGAAAGAGCACCUGAAGAUCCACACGGGCUUCAAACCAUACAGGUGUGACGUUUGUGGGAAAUCGUUCAUUCGAGCUCCGGACCUGAAAAAACACGAACGAGUUCACAGCAACGAGAGGCCUUUCGCCUGCCAGAUGUGUGACAAGGCGUUCAAACACAAGUCUCACCUGAAGGAUCACGAGAGGAGACACCGAGGAGAGAAACCCUUUGUCUGUCCGUCCUGCACCAAGGCCUUCGCCAAGGCGUCCGAUCUGAAGCGUCAUGAGAACAACAUGCACAGUGAGAGGAAGCAGCUGAAUCCUAUGCAGAGCGACACGGAGACACUACAGGCUGCCGCCAUGGCUGCUGAGGAGCAACAUCUGGACAGCAUCAGCUGCUCCUAACAUCUGGACAGCAUCAGCUGCUCCUAACAUCUGGACAGCAUCAGCUGCUCCUAACAUCUGGACGCCAUCAGCUGCUCCUAACAUCUGGACACCAUCAGCUGCUCCUAACAUCUGGACACCAUCAGCUGCUCCUAACACCUGGACACCAUCAGCUGCUCCUAACAUCUGGACAGCUGCUCCCAACAUCUGGACAGCUGCUCCCACCAUCUGGACAGGUGCUCCCAACAUCUGGACAGGUGCUCCUAACAUCUGGACAGGUGUCACUGUAUAAUAUUUUCACUGUACUGUUUAUUGAUAUUUUUUUUAUCAGACUCUGAAUGCAGUUCUGUGUUUGUCGAAGCUGUUUUUUCCUGCUCUGAUCAGAGAACAUGAACUUUCACCUCAGUGAUGAGGUUAAUAACGUGUUCUAAACGUGUUAUUAACAUGUUCUAAACAUGGACUCCUCUGGCUUCAUGUAUGAUUUGUAUUUGUCUCUUUGUAAAUGUACAGGAUGAGUUUUGAAGCCUUUGGUUUGUGUUGUACAUAAAGUUGUUGUUCUGUUCAGUUUCAUGAGCAGAGCUGCGUGUUUUAAACCACACGUCUGUUUCACUUCAUUAUAUUUCAUCACCUGAAUAACAAUAACAAACUUUAACUUUCAGGUAUUUUCAUAUCAAUGAGUGAAUAUGAAUGAAUCUAUGAACCAACAACAGGAGACGGAACACCAGCAGCUC